AUGCGGUCGGACGUCAAAUGUUCGAUCUCCACCAUCGUCGAUGUUCGAGGUUCGGCGGCAUACCACGUGUCAGGUGUUCUCGGACAGCAAAAUGGCUUCCGCAAACAUAUUGUCUCGAAGUCACAUCGGCGGAAGGUUACCGGAAAGGAGGCCUCGCUCGUGAAAGAACGAAAGCUCCAAGUGGUAGUUCCUGAGAUGUUCGACAAGCAGUCAUCCCAGAAACAGCAGCGCAAGGUGGAGCUUUUGAGCCUUGUCAAAGAAUUUCGCAGCGCGAAUAUCCCACUCUAUAAACUCGAGCAAGCAUCUUUGAAACUCUAUCUGGAACGCAACCUCAAGAACAUCGGGGCGAUUCCGUGCUCCCGUCACCUGCGACAGAAAUACCUCCCGAGCGUUUUCGAGACUCAUGUGAAGGAGCCUAAAGGAAUUCUGAAAAAUUCGAGCUCGCUGGCGAUCGUCUGCGACGAGACGAUAGAUGCUGAGGACCGUGAAGCUGUGAUUAAUGAGCUCAACGAAGAUGACGUCUCGUUCUCUAAGGUCAGCGCGCUCGUGACAGAUAACACCGCCUACAUGCAUAAAGCGUGGAGCCACAGCUUGAGGGCAGUUCUCCUGAAUGCCGUCUACGUAACGUGCACGGCACAUUUGCUGAACCUAAUUUGUGAGUUAUGGCAAGAAGUCUUCAAAUCUGUGAACAAGCUGGGACUUCCAGUGAAGAUAGGAUUCACGGCCUGCCUGUCUCGAAAGGCUCGUUUCGCUCACUAUCUGAAAGCAAAGGGGGGUUCCGUGGCUCUGCCGCCUGUGCUGCCCCCACCUUACGGGAGUUUUCAAGAAAUCCGAGAGCAGUGA